CGGGUUCUCGCAUCGCCUCACGUGCUGCCGGCUUUCCCCGCGUGGACACACGGACACACGCACACACACGCGCGCACGUGCGCGAGCACGUGUAACUGAUUUCUGCUAACUGCCGUGUCCCGCCGGUUUCCCGCGCGCCGUUCAUUUCGCUGCCUUUGGCGUUCCUCCCCGCCCGGCAGCGCGGCGGUUGUUGACGCGUUGCUUAGCGACGGGCGCACCGCCCGGCCGGUGGCACAGGGUCCGCGUGCCGAUUCUCGCCCGCUGCGGGGAGAUGGUAGUGGAGGAAGCGGGCUGCGGCCCCGCCAAGCCCGCGGGGAACAGGCGGCCCCAGAAGCAGGAGCCGCUGGGACACGUGAAGAAAAGCAAGCAGCUGGUCUCUGACGGCUUCACUGUCAAAGCCAUGAUGAAAAACACUGUGGUAAGGGGACCCCCACUUGCAGGAGCGUUUAAAGAGAGACCAACAAAGCCCACAGCAUUUCGCAAGUUUUAUGAACGAGGAGACUUCCCCAUUGCUGUUGAGCAUGAUACGAAAGGGAAUAGAAUAGCAUGGAAGGUAGAAAUUGAGAAGCUGGACUAUCAUUAUUAUCUGCCUUUGUUUUUUGACGGACUUUGUGAAAUGACAUUUCCAUAUGAGUUUUUUGCUCGUCAAGGAAUCCAUGACAUGCUGGAACAUGGUGAAAACAAGAUUCUUCCUGUCAUUCCUCAGCUCAUUAUCCCAAUAAAAAAUGCACUGAGCCUUCGUAACCGACAGGUCAUCUGCAUCACACUGAAAGUCCUCCAGCACCUGGUGGUAUCAGCAGACAUGGUGGGAGAAGCCUUAGUGCCCUAUUAUCGGCAAAUCCUCCCAGUCCUAAACAUCUUUAAGAACAUGAAUGUUAAUUCAGGCGAUGGGAUAGACUACAGCCAGCAGAAGCGUGAAAAUAUUGGAGAUCUAAUUCAAGAGACACUGGAAGCCUUUGAGCGCUACGGUGGAGAAACUGCUUAUAUAAACAUUAAAUACAUGAUCCCUACUUACCAGUCGUGCAUAUUAAACUGAGUGGUAUCAAA